AUGGUCCUCGCCGGAGCUCGUGAUAUCCCAUGCACUUCGAUCGAUUCUGCGAUUCGAGCCUUCGUUCGUCAUUCUUUCAUCGGGAGUAAUAGUUCCUUUGUUAUCAAUUCGUGUGGAAUGUUGAGAUGGAGCUUUCGCAGUUUUGCCCGACAAGGCCGUCUGCAAUGGGUUCGUUUCUUUACUACAAGCGGACGUCUCCAUGACCAUCAUGACGCCCUUUCUAGAACCAGGAAUAUCGGCAUCAUCGCCCACAUCGAUGCGGGAAAAACUACAACGACGGAGCGUAUGCUCUAUUACAGUGGGUACACGAGACGCAUUGGUGAUGUGGACGAUGGCUCAACGGUCACCGAUUUUCUUCCUGCCGAAAGAGCUAGGGGAAUCACCAUUCAGUCGGCGGCCAUCACGUUCAAUUGGCCUCCAACACCACCAGAAGAGGCUCAAAAAUUGGUUAAGUCCCCGCCCACGGGAACGAAGUCGCGACUUUCAGCAACUCCUCAUAGCAUCAACUUGAUUGAUACGCCUGGUCACGCAGACUUCACAUUCGAAGUUCUGCGCUCGCUCCGCGUGCUGGACGGCGCUGUCUGUAUACUUGAUGGCGUUGCAGGCGUGGAAGCUCAAACCGAGAAAGUGUGGCACCAAGCGAACCAGUAUCGGAUCCCCAGGAUCGUUUAUGUGAACAAACUGGACCGCGAUGGCGCGGCAUUUCACAGGACCGUCAAGGAGGUUGGCGCGAAAUUGAACGUGUGGCCAGCCGUUUGCGAGAUUCCGUGGUGGAGAACGGAAGAUGGGAAGUUUUGCGGUGUUGGAGAUGUAGUGGGUUUGAGGGGACUGCUGUGGGAGGAGGGAACGGACGGCAGAGCAGUGAAGGCUUUCAGCUUGAAGGAGCUCGAUGAGAAGUAUCCAAAGCUGGCACAAGAGCUCAGAAGAGCAAGAGAAGCGCUCGUUGAGAGGCUGAGCGAGCAUGACGAGGAAAUGGUCGAAAAGUUUCUCGAUUGCGAGGAAGACCAUCUGGCCAUCCCGGAGCAAGACGUCGUCUCGUCGCUCAGGAGAUGUACGAUGCAGUCCCCGCAGCAGGUCGCGCCUGUGUAUGCCGGAGCCAGCUUCAGGAACAUUGGCGUGCAGCCUCUCCUGGACGCCGUGGUUGACUUGUUGCCUUCGCCCGCUGAACGGCCGGACACUGAAAUCACGAUUGGAUCUACGACCAGUACGCUACAGGACUUGCUCAGCGGUAAGAUUACAGGCACACGUCAAACGACUAUGAUGGCAAAGCCUUCGAAAGCGAGAUCUACCGCUGUGGUGGCCAACUUACAGAGUUGUGCUCUGGCAUUCAAAGUCGUUAACGAUGCGAAAAGAGGGGUCCUCGUUUAUGUACGCGUCUACUCAGGCUCUCUUACUCGCGGCGCUCAAAUCUUCAAUACAAAUCUGAACGUCACAGAGCGAGCGCCCAGGUUACUCCGUAUGUACGCCUCGGACGCGCUCGAGAUCCCCUCCAUUGACGCCGGCCAGAUCGGCGUCAUUGUUGGCCUAAAACACGCGCGCACGGGCGACACACUGAUCUCCUACAUGGGAAUGAAUGCGAAGACUGGACCGCCUGCACCUCUGGACAGCCUGCAGCUGCGACCGAUAGCGGUCCCCCCGCCCGUCUUCUUUACGAGCAUCGAGCCGGACAGUCUGGCCGAGGAGAAGCACAUCAAGGACACUCUCGACAUUUUGUUACGCGAGGACCCGAGCUUGAGUGUGUCCGUCGACGCGGAGAAUGGCCAGACGCAUCUUGCGGGCAUGGGCGAGCUGCACCUUGAGAUUGCGCGCGAUCGGCUCAUCAACGACUUCAAGGCCAAGGCGCGGAUCGGAAAGAUCGAUAUCAACUAUCGCGAAGCCGUGGAAGCAGCUUCGAAGCAAGCGUUCGAAAGUGCCGUGGACCGUGAGAUCGGUGGCAAGCAUGCGCACGCCACCACGCUGGUCUCGAUAGCUCCCAUUGCCGCGAAGGAUUUCAAAUCGCCGCAUGCAGACAGCGCUCAGGAGAUCGAGCUGCCAGAUAACAACCACCUCACGAUUCUGCAUCCAACCUUGUCCGCGGACGGACGGCCCGUCCAUGACGACAAAGAUCCUUUCCCGCCCCAGCUCACCUUCUCCAUGGCCAUCUCAGCCUUGCAGAGCGGUGUAAGCGCGGCGCUUGCGCGGGGGCCAACCCAUGGGUAUCCUGUGCAUUCGACACAUGUCACUCUCCAUCUCCAUCCAGACGAGCACAUCUUCCCCGACACAAGCGCAGUGGCGCUGUCGGUUGCAGCACGCGAAGCAACACAGGCCGCUCUCGAAGCCUCUCACAAAGACGCUGCUUUGGCUCUGAUGGAGCCCGUCAUGCUCGUCACCAUCAGCGUUGGUGAAUCGGACCUCGGUGCAGUGGUGCAUGACCUUUCAGCUGCACGCGGCGGUCAUAUUCUCUCCCUUGACGACGACAACAGCGUAGCCAGCGAUCCCGGCUCUGCCGCCAUCGCGCUCGAAGAGGACAACAUGCCCUCUGUCGACCCCAAUCUGGUAUACGCGCCGCCAGACCCGUACACCUCGGAAGUCGGAAACGGAACAGUGAUGUCUACGAGUGCUACACGGCUGCGACAGAUCACGGCGCGAGUUCCGCUGCGCGAGAUGGUGGGAUAUCUCAGGCAGCUGCGCAGCUUGACCGCGGGUAGGGGCACAUUUGUUAUGCAAGUGGAUCGGUUUGAGAAAGUCAGCGGGCAGCGGCUGCAAGCCAUCCUCAAGGAAGUGAGGGGUUGAAAGGAGAGGAGAAGAACAGAGCGAAUAUGCGUGUGCGCGUGUACGCGUGUGUGUCCGUGUACGUGCGCGGUACUUGUCUCUUGUACAGAGAGUGUUUGGGAUUUAUCGUUUCUUCAGGGAUGCUUGGAUUGAAGGGGGAAUGUAAUGGAAGAAGGAAUAGAGAUAUCCAUCUACAAGUAGGGCUUUUUGUCCAAGGCAGAACAUUGGACGGAUGAGAUGGAACGACAAGACUGGGAUUGGACGUGUGUUAGGUUGGUGGAUCUGGAUGCUUGGCCAUAGGGCAUGCGAAGUGUCUUAAGACGUACGGAAUGACUCGUUUCGUUUUGAGAGAAGGCGACCAGCGUGGCGAAUGGUCCGAUAACGUGUGCUCCGGGCAAAACACCUGUAAACAUAAGACGAUGGUUGUGAUAUCGGUCUCCACUCACAGAAACGAGCAUGAGUACCGCCACGGCAGCUGGUGCCCGAACAUGAAAGAAAGGCUGACGACAAGCGAUGACGCUUGAUGUUUGCACGCCACGAGGCUUUGGCCCCGCCUUAGCGGACGGGAACGCAUGCACGCAUAACUACACUCUUGCAGAUCUUUUGAGACAACAUGGAAGUGGAGGCACAAGGAGAUUGAUGUGAUUUCCCGACCCCGUUUGCCCACGACGACGUUUCUGUGCUUUUUCCCGUCGCCGUCGUUCUCUCCGAUGGGCCGUUCCCACCGUGAAGCUCGCAAAGAGAGGAAGACAUAAACGACGACGGACAAAGUUCGCAAAACACGGACUUGCUCCCUCUGGCGCCGUACAGAAGGUCCCGGGCGACGCGAGUCCGUCAGGCAACAAAAAUGGUAGAGCGAGGAAACGAAACAAAAGGAAGGGUGUUUUUCUCUUGUCGCUCCCCUGAGAAGGCCGCUACGGCUGGUUUUCUAGAAUGCGCAAAACGGGACGACGGCCCUGCCACUUCCUGAUACCUUGCCCAUUUGGUGCUUUUUUUUUUUAGAGAGAGAGAGAAAAGAAAAGAAUGAAUGAAAGCAAGAAAUUAUC